CUUUUAAGCUUAUUUCAAUGUCCGAACAAAAACAACUGGGACAGCAGGCACAAGAUUCUGUGAACGAAUUAAUUGUGUCGACUGGUGCAGCAGAUCUCCUCAAAACACUGAUAGAUCGUGACUCUCGCCCACUUUUAUUAAAAACACUUCAUCACAUUGAAUCACAAAAUAAAAAAAACAAGCAACUUUUGAAGUGGGUUAAGAAGCAGGCACAACAAUUGGAACAGCAAGAUACUUUAGACAAGGAGAUGAUAGCUGAAGUCCGUAAUUUCUUCAGUAUGCCGCCUUAUGAAGAAACUGAUUCAGUCAAAGAAACGUUAGCAAGAAGCAAAAGUAAUCCAUCUAAGCCAAACAACAGCCCAGUCAAAUGCGAGGAAUGUGGUGUUAAGUAUGCUACUAAAAAAGGUUAUAAUCAGCAUUUCGGCUCUCGAAAACACACAGAAGCUGUAAAAGCCAAGAAACGUCAAAGAGAGGUUGAAGAAGAGGAACAUAAACUUAAAUGCGGUGAAGAACCUGGACAGGAGGAAUUUGAUGAUGAUGCAUCAGCUCCUUCAUCUUCAAAAAAGUCUGCUCGUUAG